AUGGACGCAGACCGGCGACAACACGAAGAAUCUGGUCAUCUGCAAGAUUUGGAGUGCGGAGCAUGGUUGAAUGGGGCAUGGGAUGCUCUCAAGUGUGGGUCAGAUUGGAGUUUAGCAUCCUGCGUUGCGAGAGACAUACAAUCGAGCAUGAGUCUCUCUCCAAAUGACCAAGCUGAACACAAUGCAGAACCCACUCUUAGGGAUCCUGUGACACUGAAAACACUCAAGGCGAUGAAGCAUCGUGGCGAUUCGUUCGCGUGUCUCGCAUGCUAUGACGCGACCACAGCACGCUGGCUCGAGCGUGGGGGGGUGCAUGUCCUGCUCGCGGGAGAUUCCGCGGCUCAGGUCAUGCUCGGCUUUGAUCGGACGAUUGACAUGCCGAUGGAGUACGCGAUUCAGAUGACGGCUGCGGUGAAGCGGGGCGCUCCGGGAACGCUUGUGAUGGCGGAUAUGCCGUUCAUGAGCUAUCACCGAUCGGUGGACGAAGCGAUGGGCAACGCUGGUCGAUUUAUGACAGAGGGGAUGGCGGAUGUCAUCAAGCUCGAAGCGGAUGAGACCCAAGCCGGGAUUGUCGAUCGAUUGACUAGGGCUGGAGUACCAAUCUGUGCUCAUGUGGGAUGCAAGCCUCAGGCGAGCUCUGUGACCGGCGGUCCAGUCGCGGCGGGACGGACAUCAGAUUCGCUUGAGCAGGUAGUGCGGGAUGCUCAUGCCCUUCAGGACGCGGGCGCGGUCUUACUGCUGAUCGAAGCGGUUCCCGAUGAGGUGACGGCCCGUGUCAUGGAAAUCGCUUCGGUCCCAGUGAUCGGGAUCGGAGCCGGGACGGCCUGCGAUGGGCAGAUUCUCGUCGUCAAUGAUCUGCUUGGACUCACGGAUCAUCCCCCUCGCUUCGCUGAGCCGGUCGCUUCGAUUGGGGCGGAGAUCAUGCGAUCUGGGAAAGAGUGGGUUUCGAGGGUCCGUGAUGGAUCGAUUGGGGGUCAGCGGUACUCGAUGCGUGCGGGUGAGUCGGAAAAACUUGGAUCGACCUCUAAAGAAUCUGCCACCAAGGAUGCCAGGAAACCGAAUACAUAG